AUGAAUUAUUUUUUAGAUUGCAAUUAAGUUUGUAAUGCGUUUCAUGGAUCAGAGAAGGAAAGUGAAUAAUAUAAUUAAUAGGUGAGAUAUUUUAUAAUAAAGCUAUUUGGAAAAGAUGUAUGUUGUUGCAAUAGAGUUAAGGAUUAUAAUUAUUCAUAUUGGGAUUCUAAUUAAGAAAGAUUAGUGAAAGUUCCAUUUCAAAUGCUUCUUACUAAAGAGAAACAUAUUAAAUAUAUUAUAGAUGGAUAAAUUGUCAGAAUGUAUUAUUGAAGUUUGAAAAUAGUGAUAAAUUUAUCAACAGAGAUGAAGAAUUGAAUAAUAUCGAAUAGAUCAAAUAUUUGUUAUGGAAGGGAUCUUACAAUUAGAGUUACAAUAAAGUUGCUAAAUGGAGUGCAAUUUGGAAUGGAGAUUAAUUAUUAGAAGUUGGUGGAUAUUACUCUGUGGAUAGUCUAAAGCAAGGUUUUUGGAAAGAACUCAGCAGAAAUUACUUUAAGUAUUGAAAAGAUUAAUAAUAAAUUUAUAGUUAAAAUUAAGUUUAUGAAUGUGGAGAAUACAAAAAUGGAUUAAGAAUUCAGAAAUGGAAGUAUAUGUAUGAAAAUAAAAUAAUGUAUUAAAUAUUUUUGAUAAAUCUAGAGGUGGAGGAUAUUACAAUGAAGCAGGCAUGAAGAAAGGGAAAUGGGUUGAUUUGAGUUUUGACUUUUGGAGGUAUUGAAAUUAGUUAAAUUAAAAAUUCAGUCAAUGCUAGGUAACCUAUUGUGGUGAAUAUUUGGAUGGAAAAAAAGUUGGUUUAUGGGAUAUAUUUUAUAAAAGGAUAGAUGAAUUAAGAUUAAUGUAUUUACUCAAUUGAGUUAUAUUUAACAUAAGUGGAGGAGGAUCAUAUGUUUUGUAAAAGGAUGGAGGUGAUUUUAAUUCAAAAAAGAUUGGAAUUUGGACUGAAUUGGCUAAUGGGUUUUAGGAGUAUUUUUUAUGUAAAAUUUCUAGUAACAACUAAACAAUCUGGCGCGGUGAAUAUAAAAAUGAUCAAAAAGUGGGUAAAUGGGCUAUUUUAAGGAGGUUAGAUCAAUCUGAUCCAUUUCAAUAUAUGUAACAUAAGACUAUUAAUAUUUUUCUAAAUCUACAACAGUGGUGGUGGCUCUUAUGAUUACAAAUCAGAAGAUAGUUGUGUUGUAGAUUCAAUUAAAAUUGGAAAUUGGAUAGAAUUUAGGAGUGGUCAAUAGUAUAUGUUAGAGAUUAUCUAAUUAGAGAUUGUUAUGUUACUUAGGGUGGUUAAUAUAUUAAAGGUAAAAAAGUUGGUAGAUGGGAAUCAUUUAUCCAAGGAGAACUGAUGUAUGUUUCUCAUUUUAUUUUUUAAUUAAUAGAGGUGGUGGAUCUUAUGAUGCAGAUUCAUAAAAUGAGGAAAGUCUAAAAGAUCCAAUCAAGUUUGGGAAGUGGAUAGAGUUGAGUGAAGGAUUUUAGAUGUAUAAGCUUUUUUUAUCAUAAUUAAGAGAUAGUGAAGUUACUUAUCAUGGUGUGUAUUAAAAUGGGAGAAAAGUGGGUAAAUGGGACACUUUUUAUUAAGACGAAUAGAUGUAAAUAAAAUAUUAAACUUUUUAUUUAACUCAAAUAUUUAUAAAACAAUAGUGGGGGUGGAUCUUAUGGUGAAAAUAGUGCUUCAAGUUAAAUAAAAUUAGGUAAAUGGAUUGAGUUAAGUGAUUGUUUUUGGGGGUAAUUUUGACUUAUUUUAAUAUGUGAUUAGUGGAGGAUAAAUAAUAUUUAAUGGUGAGUAUCAUGAUGGAAAAAAAAUUGGUAGAUGGUACACCUUAUAUAGAAGGUGGAAAAAAGACUCAUUCGAAGAAAUGUAAGUGUAGAUUAUUAUGAACUUUUACAAUCUUGUAUGAUUCAAAAACAAGUGGUGGGGGAUCUUAUGAUUGUGAGGAGAGAGGCAGUGCACUAGGUUCAUUGAAAAUUGGAAGUUGGGUUGAACUGAGUCCAGACUUUUGUGGGUAUUUUUAUUAGCCAUUUUUAAAUAUAGUAUCAGUUAAAUCACUUAUAAUGGCGACUAUUAAAAUGGAUACAAGGUUGGUAAUUGGGUUAUAUUAUACAGAAAACAUAAAUAUAAAAGAUAUAAAUAGAUGUACAAAAAUAAAUUAAAAUAGUGGUGGAGGAUAAUAUGAUAAUUGUAGAAUUUAUAGUUUAUUGAAUUAAAAUAAGAUAGGAAAGUGGAUUGAGUUAAAUGAUUUAUAUAUAGAGUAUUUCUUUUUUGUGAAUUUUUAGAGGUAGAAGAAUUAAGUAUGUUGGAGAAUAUAAAAAUGGGAGAAAAUUUAGUAGAUGGAAUACUAUUUUCGAAAAAGAGUUAAUGUAAAAAUAGAAUAUAAUUUAUUUUAUUUUAAAUUGUAAAUAGUGGUGGAGGAGAUUAUUCAGAAGAUGAUAAAUUUUAAGGCUCCAUUAAAACGGGAAAAUGGAUUGAGUUGAUUGGUAAGUUUGGGAAUGGAUAUGGCUACUCGCAAUCUAUCUUUGUUGGUGAUUAUAAACAUGGGAAAAAGGUUGGCGCUUGGAAAUAGAUGAUUAGAAAUGAGAAAAAUAAGGAGACAGAAUUUAAACAAAUGUAAGUAUUUAUAAAUUAUUAUAAAAAGUACGGAAUUAAAAUAUGAAUAUUGACAAGGGGGAUUAUUGUAUAAGUGAG